AAACAUUUUCCCUGAAAACUUGGGUUUGUCAGUUUCAGAACUCCAAGUCCCUCCCUAAGAACGUGUGCUGGGUGGAGCCUAAGAGGGAGCUCUCUUCUUUGGCCUAGGCCAGAGACCACAGCCAGGCUAGAAGGAAGAGCCUCCAGGCCUGUGCUCUAUUGAUGGAUUUUAAAAUUGAAAACACUUGGGAUGGUUUUCCAGUGAGGCAUGAGCCAGUGUGUAUCAAGCUGAGUCCAGGGGACGAGGGCAUGAAGAUGGAGGUCAGUGCUCCGUUUUUCAAUGAUCCUCCAGCUCCUCUUGGAGAACCAGGAAAGCCUUUCAGUGAACUGUGGAAUUAUGAAGUUGUGGAAGCAUUUUUCUUGAAUGAUACAACUGAGCAGUAUUUAGAAGUUGAACUUUGUCCACAUGGACAACAUUUAGUUCUUUUACUCUCUGGAAGAAGAAAUAUUUGGAAAAAAGAGCUUGAGUUAUCAUUCAAAGUGUUCAGAGGGGAGACAAACUGGGAAGGCAUAGCUCUUCUUCCUUGGAGUUAUUUUCCACCAAAUGUGACAAAAUUCAACUCAUUUGCAAUUCAUGGAUCAAAUGAUAGAAGAAGUUAUGAAGCUCUUUACCCUGUGCCACAGCGUGAACUGCAGCAAGGACAAAAGCCUGAUUUCCAUCGUCUGGAAUAUUUCAAGCCUUUCAGUCUUAACACGCUGCUUGGAGAAGAAUGGAAGCAGCCAGAAUCAGACAUGUGGCUAAUAGAGACACCUGAUGUGUAGAAGUAUAGUAGAUAACCGAGCAUGUCCAUCUUUUCUCCUCUGUGCUUUUAAGGUAUUCUAAUAAAAUACGUAAACACAUUUCAACCACAAACAUUUUAACAGAGGUCACUGAAAUGUAGCAUCUCUGUGUCAAAUUGCAUAUGUUAACAUAGAAAUAGAAACUAUGUGUAACAUAAAAUAAUUUUUACUUAAAUAUCCUGUUCAUCCUUGAAAUUAGUAAUCUCUUUCAGUUGAUGAGACAGUCUAUAUCUGCUAAGAUACCGAGAUAGAAGAAUUAUUUACCUAGAUAUCUUUACUGUGUAGGAAGAAAUGAAACGGUCUUGAUUUCUGGAAAUAGAGUUGAUACUUUUACUUACAGAUAAGGACAUUUUCUUAAUGCUUCUAAGUACGAUGUUAGAAAACUUCAUUUGAUUUUUGAAGUACCACACCUUCCUGGUUGAAGAUAGAUCCCAAAGUACUAAAUCAGUACCCCCUCACAUAAAUGGAUCAUGCAGACAAAAAUGUCAACAAAAAGAGCCACAGAGUGAAACCACAUCACCGAUUCUGUAGACACAACUGCAGAGUGUUCUACCAGCAGCUGCAGGAUAAGCUGAUGUUUUCCAGAUGAGACCAUUUGUUACAGUCCAGAUGGCUGUAGCUGCUUGGGUUUUUCUAUAACAGAAUUUUAGAUCUGAUAAACAAUUCAGCCAAGUGAUACACAACACAAUCAGCAUACAAGCAAAAAUAAUAGCUUUUCCACACAUUAAUAACCACCCUGCUGAGGAAGAAAUCAGGAAAGCACUCCCAUUCACAGCAAAAAGAAUAUCUAGGAACAAGCCUUGUUCAUUACUUUUCUCACUGUAGUUAUGAGAUAAUUGAGAAAAGCGACUCAUGAAGGGAGGUUUCAUAUCGACUCACAGUGUGAGGAUACAGUCCAUCAUGAUGAGGACAGCAUGACAACAAGACUGUGAGGUGGCUGGUCACAUUGUGUCUACUGUCAGAGAACAGAGAGGAACGUUGGUGCUCAGCUUACUUUCUUAUUUUCAUUUUACCUUUGGACCUUCUGGGUGUAUUUCCCAUUAUCAAACUUCUUUGAAGGAGUACGGCUUCUCGGUGAUUCUAAGUCCAGUCAAACUCAUAGUGAAGAGUAGUUGUCAUACCUUGCUGAGGAGGUAAAAGGCUUCUAUAAUGAAAGAACACUGCAGAAAGAAGUUGAAGAAGAAAUUAGAAAAUUAAAAGACAUUCCAUGUUCUUGUAUCCACAGAUUUAGUAUCGAGAAAAUAGCCGUAUGAAAAUGAGAUAUCUAGAAGUUCAUUUGAUCACCUUCUAAAUUUGAAUUCCAUUAUUCAGACAAUUAGAACAAUAUCCUAAAAUGUCUAUGGAAACACAAAGACCUGUAAUAGGUAAAGUUGUCCCAAGUAUGAAGAACAUUAUUGGAAGUCUCCCAAUGUCGGAUUUCAAGUUAUACUUUAGAGCUAUUGUUAUUGCAGCUCUCUGGGACCAGCACAAAAGCAAGCAGUAGACCAAUGGACUACAAGUGUUGCUGGGAAAAUAGGAUAUUUGCAUAUAGAAGACUCAAGCUAGAUCCUCAUAUCCCACCCUGUACAUAAAUCAAUCCCAAGACCUUAAUGUAAGAUCUGGAACAUUGAAACUGAUAGAAGAAAACAAAGCAAAUGCUUCAAGAUGUAAUUAUAGCCAGUAACUUUGGGAAUAUGCUCCAUUGUCUAUGGAAUAGAAGAAUCAACAAAUUGUAUUCCAUCAAAUUAAAACAAACUGUACAGGAAAGGAGACAGUUAAUAAAGUGAAGAGACAGCCUACAGCAGGGGAGAAAAUCUUUGCUAGCUACUCUUCCCACAGAGGCUUAGUAUCCAGCGUAUACAAAGAGCUUAGAAAAAAAUAACAAAGCUAAGCAGUAAAGCUCAAUAAAUAAGCAGGUCAUCUACAUAGUUCUCAAAAGAGUUUGUAGAGCUGUCUAAUAAUUAUAAAAACUCAGUGUCGUUAGGUAUUAGGGAAAUGCAAGUUAAAACUGUAUUGAGAUUUCAUCUUAGGACAAUGGAUCUUUAAUAAGCAGUGACAAGUGCUGAUGAAGGGAAGGAGGAGGAGGAGCCUUUAUUCACUAGUCAUGGGGAUUAGCACUGUCAACUGUGGAAAUCAGUAUGGAGAUUCCUCAUCAACAUUGAAAACAGAGCCUCCCUAUGAUCCAGCUCUACUAGUUCUGAGUACAUCCCCAAGGGAAUCAGAAUCAGCAUAAUGCAAAGACACCUGUAUAGCUGUGUUUCCAAUGUCCAAGCUAUGGCAUCCAUCUAGGUAUCUGUCUAACAUUUACAUAGACACUUUCUUGCCAUCUCCCCUCCCAUUUAAAGAAAACACGCAUGAGAGAGACAGAGACAGAAAUGACAUACCAUUCAGCUUUAAGAAAACAAAAUUAUGUCAUUUUCAGGAAAAUGGAAAUAAAUUAAGUCAGACUCUGAAAGAUAAGUAACUCCUGUUUUUUCUUAUUUAUGAAAGUCAUAGAAAACAAAAUGUGUGAAUAUAGGACAAGAGGUUAUUAGAAAAGUGUGACAGGAUUUGAGUAGAAGGGAAGGAUGGGGGAAAAGACGUGGGGAAUAAAAAUGUCUUCAAUUGUAUACAUGUAUGAAUCUGCCAAAGUAAAAUCUACAAUUCUGUGUAAUUAGUGUAUGCAAAUUAAAAUUUCUUGGUCUAGAACUCUCAAAUUUUGUACUGUGUUUCAGAGCUUGUUUUCUAAUAGAUCUGUGAAUUUUCAUAUCAUACUUAUUCCUUCUCAACAUCAUUAACUCAGAGGCCAGACUUACAGAAGGCAAAGCUUAUCACUUAUAUAGACACUUUCUUGCCAUCUCUCUUCCCAUUUAAAAAGAAAAGAUUUAUUUGUGUGCAUGUGUGUUUGUUAUUGUUUACAUUCAUGCAGAAGACCAGGAGGCCAGAAGAAGCCUAUGGGUCCCCACAACUGGAGUUACAAGCAGUUUUGAGGUGCCUGACGACAUGGGUGUUGGGAAUUGCACUCAGGUCUUUUACAAGAGCAGCAUGAGUUCUUAACCGCUUUUCCAUCUCUCCAGCUCCUCUCCUCUUCUUUAGUAACAGAAGUUGAACUUCUAGAGGCUUUUCUUAGAAAUGUUAUUUCCUCAAAAACAAUCCACCUCUGUAUUUUUCCAGAUUCCUUUGUAGGUAGUAUGGCCAUGGAAUGGUUUGUGUCAGUGAGAUGUACAAUAAAUGUGAUACAUGUCA